CAGGGGUCUGCAGACUGUGGCCCUCAGGCCAGAAUCUGCUUUCUUGUUUUUGUAAUGUGACGGAUGGCAACACUAAAAAGUUCCUUUUCUGUAAAGGGCCAGUAAGUUUUGGCUUUGUGAGCUAUGUGGUCUCUUGCAACUCCUCUGCUCUGCUGUUACUGUGUGAAAAUAGCCAUAGACAGUGUCUAAACGCAUCCCUUCCGCUUUUUGAAAUCAAUAGUCUCUUAUCGGUAUUAAAGAAAAGAACCUGGAGUAGAUGAUGAAUGAUUGACGCGAUGUUUUGGGGACAUUUCUAACUUGAGAUGAACAUCAGGGGAGAUAGCCUGCCUCCUGUGUCUCUUGAGCCAUGUGCCUCCUAACUGCCCUCCCAGAGACGGGGACACAGACUGGGUGAUGGAUCCGCCCUCGUGAACUCGUUGGUCCGGGAACCAUGACGUGUCAGGUGCACCUGUGCCUCUAGAAUGUGUAUGUGUUUGAUGGCUAGGAAUGUUAUGAUAUUCCUAACGAAGUAAUGACAUUUUAGAUUCAAGGCUCAUCUUGUGGGGAGUUAAAACUGCCCAUUCGCCCAUGUUUUUGCCUGUUCCACGGGGCUCUCAGCUGCAGAUUUGAGUGCUCAGACUGAGGCAAGACACUGACAAGGAGAUACUGUCAGCUCAUCUUCCUGGGAGUCCAGGCAGCCAUCCUAGCAGCCUCCUUCCUCUUCUAGAAUGUGCAGCGUGGGAGCAGAUGAGGAAACGGGCCAGGGAGGUUAUCUAGGUCACAGCCGUGUGGUUGUGUGUGCAUGCGUUGUGCAUGUGUGUGCAUGCGUGUAUGUAGCGCCACUAGAUGAGAAGUGCCCCGGGAGGCCUAUGGGAACAAGCAGAAUUAGCCAGGCCCAUUUCAGACUUCACUGUAGAGUGGGUGUUAAUGUUCAGAUACAUACAGUUAAGAGUUGAUCAGAAGACCUUGGUGAUGGAAUGAAGUUUCCUUGAGGAAAGGAUGAGAGGUUGCUUUUCCAGUAGAACUUUGCAGACACUGACAGAAAUAGGAGUGCUGUUUUUGAGUGGCGAGGGCAGAGGCCUGCCUUUGAAGAGCUGCAGAAUAUUGAUCCUGGAAUAUGCAGUGUCCACCCAGCUGGUUGUUACAGGAGAGUCCAGCUCGCAGACCCUGCUGUGCAGGAUGUGAUUGGCUUGUGAUUUGCUCGCUCUCUCCAUUUAGUUGUAAAUCCAGGACCAAAGCAGAUUUGAUGCAGGAGGCAAAAAGGAAAACAAUAUUUCAUUAGAACGUUAUCGUCCAGGCAUUAAGAAUUAAAUUUGCUGGAUACGGUGGCUCACGCCUGAAAUCCCAGCACUUUGGGAGGCCAAGGCAGGAGUAUCACUUGAGCCCAGGAGUUUGGGACCAGCCUGGGCAAUACAGCAAGACCCCAUCUCGACAAAAAAUACAAAAAUUAGCGUGGUGGCAUGUGCCUGUAGUCUCAGCCAUUCAGGAGGCUGAGGUAGGCAGAUCAACUGAGCCUCGGAGGUAGACGUUCCAGUGAGCUGUGAUUGAGCUACCACACUCCAUCCUGGGUGACAGAGGGAGACCCUGUCUCAAAAAAAAAAAAAAAAAAAAAAAAACCCUAAAUUUAAAAUUGAAAUAAAAGUGAAUGAAAGAUGCAUAUUGAGCCCAAGGAACAUGGACAGGAAGUAAAAGCUGAUAUAUUUGGAAACCCCUAAUACAGAGACCGAAUUAGCUGUAUACAGACAUAUGUUACACGUGUUAAUAAAUUCCGCCAUGCAAAUGGCAGCUGCUGGAAUCUAGAAUGAAGAUGAUUUUCAAAGCAGAGUGAAGCUCAGAUGGUGGCCAGAGGCAGGAAUGACGAGACAGGAGAGUUUGGAGGCAGGGUGGGGGCAGAUUGUGGGAGGGUCUGAUGGCCAAGGUAAGCCACACCCAGGAUGCUUAGGUGGUGUGAGGCCCUUAGGUGAGAGAACAUCCUGCAUCCUGGUGAUGCAGGAGUAUUUGGUAGCUGACAGCAGCAUUGUGAAGUGGCCAAGGCUGGUCUUGGCCCCCUACUUAUUUUCCUGUGAUACUACUGAUACGGCUCCCAGUGAGUGGAAGAACACCAGGGUUCUUGGUCCUCAUGCCAGUUUAGAUAAAAUGACAUGGACACACGUGGAGUGGCUUUAAGGAGCAGAGAGUUUAAUAGGCAAGAAGGAAGGAGAAGGCAGAAGGAAGAGGCUCCCCCAUACAGAGACGGAGGGGCGGCUCCAGAGCCAAAAGAAGAGGUCCUCAAGUGCAGUGGACACCAGCCAGAACCAUGUCGGGGGAGCCGUUCCCCUGGAGAUGGUCACCAGGCUGUACGAUGGCAUGCGGAGGGUCGACCUGACAGGGAAGGCGAAGGGACCCAGUGAGAACGUGUCCCAGGAACAGUUCACAGCAUCCAUGUCCCACCUGUUGAAAGGAAACUCCGAGGAGAAGAGUCUCAUGAUUAUGAAAAUGAUUUCUGCCACAGAAGGUCCCGUGAAGGCCAGAGAAGUCCAAAAGUUUACAGAGGAUCUGGUUGGCUCUGUGGUGCACGUGCUAAGCCACCGACAGGAGCUGAGAGGCUGGACUGGGAAGGAAGCCCCAGGGCCCGCCCCUCGGGUGCAGGUGCUGGCUGCUCAGCUGCUCUCUGAGAUGAAGCUGCAAGAUGGCAAGAGGUUUCUGGGGCCUCAGUGGCUGGACUGUGACUGUGACCGAGCCAUGAUCGAGGACUGGGUGUUCAGGGUCCCCCACGUGGCCAUAUUCCUGAGUGUGGUCAUUCACAAGGGCUUUCUCAUCCUGUGCUCGUCCCUGGAUCUGACGACCCUGGUCCCCGAGUGUCAAGUGGACCAGGGCAGGGGUUUUGAGAGCAUCCUGGACAUCCUCUCUGUCAUGUACAUCAACGCCCACCUGCCUCGGGAGCAGCGGCACUGCUGGCGCCUGCUCUUUUCAUCUGAGCUCCACGGACACAGCUUCUCCCAGCUCUGCGGCCACAUCACUCACCGGGGGCCCUGUGUGGCUGUCCUUGAGGACCACGACAAGCACGUGUUUGGUGGGUUUGCCUCCUGCUCCUGGGAGGUGAAACCUCAGUUUCAAGGGGAUGACAGAUGCUUCCUGUUCUCCAUCUGUCCCAGCAUGGCCGUGUACACACACACGGGCUACAAUGACCACUACAUGUACUUGAACCAUGGACAGCAGACGAUCCCGAAUGGACUGGGGAUGGGGGGGCAGCACAAUUACUUUGGGCUUUGGGUGGAUGUUGAUUUUGGGAAAGGACACAGCAGAGCUAAGCCCACGUGCACCACGUACAACAGCCCGCAGCUGUCGGCCCAGGAGAACUUCCAGUUUGAUAAGAUGGAGGUGUGGGCGGUUGGAGACCCUUCAGAGGAGCAGUUGGCCAAGGGCAACAAGAGCAUCCUGGACGUGGACCCUGAAGCCCAGGCCCUGCUGGAGAUCAGUGGGCGGUCGCGCCACAGCGAAGGGCUCCGGGAAAUCCCGGACGAUGAGUGAGGAGCUGCCUGAGCCUUCCUGGAUUCCUCUGGGUAGAGGGCACCGCCUGCAGCCCCUCUUCCCUCUCCCAUGGUUUAACUGUAAUAGAGUGCCACACGGGUCACAGCCAGGUAGUCCCAGCUGUGCCAACAAGACGCCCUCUGUAGCCAUGUCCUGACUGAUGGGUGGAUCUCCCAGAAAUAGACGUUUUUUAAAUUUUAUUUUUUGCCCUACAGGGUCACUCUCAGGAUCUCUCUAAGAAGUCUUAAGUGUUAAAUUAGUAACUCAAUCUUAUACUUUGUUCUUUUUUUACCAAUGACAUCCUAAGCAGCUGAGACUUUUCAGACCCCCGCUGGCAUUAGGGAAUCCCGCUGGCAUUAGGGAAUCCCGCUGGCAUUAGCGUUUGUGGGGAGCGCGACCUCUCUAUUGAGGAGGGGCUUCCUCCCGCUGAGGUUCACAUGGCCUCACUCAGGCCAUCCUGUUAGAAGGUGGGACCUGAUGGUCUGUUCUGACGGGUAAGGGACAGAGGCAUCUGGAUGAAAAUCUGGACGCUUUCUGGGAACAGCUUCCAAUGGCAUGGGAGUUCUGUAUUUAAAAGCAUGAACUGUCUAAAAUGGGGAAAUGGAGGCAGGAGACUGAGGUAACAUGGUCUCGUGGUGGCGUGAGUCCUCAGAAGUUGUUUGUAAUUAAGGUUCCACACCCAGCUCUCUCAACUGUUUUUAAAUGAAUGUGUGUCAUGAAUAGAUGGGAAAGUUGGGAGAUCUGUCUACAGAGAAGCAAAGUUGUGGUUCUCUUGCUAACUUCAAGGUGAGGGACACUGGGCGCCCUAAGUUUGGGAGCUUGGUUGAUAAAUACAUACAUGGUCCAUUCCAUGAAUCAGUGGUGAGUGACUGGCCUGGGUUCUAGACCUCUGGGAACCAGCGCCUGAGUCACAGCUGUCUAGGUCUCGGUGCUGGCCUGGGUUCUAGACCUCCGGGGACUGGUGCCUGAGUCCCAGCUGUCUAGGCCUCGGUGCUGGCCUGGGUUCUAGACCUCUGGGGACCGGCGCCUGAGUCAGUUGUUGGUAUAGCCAUUUGCCCAGGGCUGCUCGCAAGGGGGAUGAUGGAAAAUUCAGCAGUGUAAACUCGCUUUAAACAAGCUCCAGUGAUCCCGAAAUACUGAAUAUCAUGUAGGUGGGUUGUUGGGUCAGCAGAGCUGCCAUCUGCCCACGUCUGGAAAACAACACAUGGUGAGUCACCAGUUGGCCACGAGAAUUCUCCACUUUAAAGGCACUGUGAGCUUGUCUCUAAGAUACAUGCCUCUGCCUUUUGUCUUUUGCCAUAAGCUUUGACCUGUUGUAGAGCUGAUGAAAAUACAGCCUCUUAUUAUAUAGUUCGCCUUGAUUAUAAGCCAUAGUAAAUCGAGCUGUUCGCAUUUUGCAGGCCCUGCAUUUUCUACUAGGAGGUUCAUCGAACCUUCCACUUAGCAAUACCCCGACUCAGGCAGAAUGCCUUGUAAAUUAGCCUUCAAAAGAAAAGUGCACGCUCAGACAGUGUGUGGAGGAGCAGGAGCGUGAUGCAGACAAGGACUUAGUCAUGACUGAUUUUCCUUGGCCGGUUUUUAAUGGCUUGUGGGGAACAUUGUCAUCUUCUGAACUGACAUGUUGGCAGAUGUAGACUAUUAGGUUGCUCAAACAUCUCUACCAUGAGUCCAAGGAAUUUAGAUCCCUAUUAUCACUUUGUUUUUGAAUGUUUUUUAUCAAAAUGCAACUAAAUACCUUGCUAUUAAACUGCCAUGAUGCCUCAGUUAAAAAAAAAAUUAAAAUAAAGGUCUGUCAGUG